UUUAAAGCCGCGCCAGCCUCUCCCUUUCUUUACUAUCUCGAAUCCCCAAACCCUUGUUGGCUCUUAUGGGCAUGAAACACUCCUCCCGCUGCCUGCUCCUCCGGAGGAAAAUGGCGGAGAACGCGGCCGAAAGCACGGAGAGGCCAAGCCAGUGCAGCAGCCAGCCUCAAACUCUGAAGCUUGAAACCGUGAGCUGUGUAAGUCCCUUUUUGUGAGCAGUGCCCCCCCUCAACCCCCUCAGCCUGUUGUCCCAGCCAAGCCUGUGCAAUGUGUCCACCACGUGUCCACGCAGCCCAGCUGCCCAGGACGGGGCAAGAUGUCCAAGCUGCUGAAUCCCGAGGAGAUGACAUCGAGAGAUUACUAUUUCGACUCGUAUGCUCACUUUGGGAUCCACGAGGAGAUGCUGAAGGAUGAGGUGAGGACACUCACGUAUCGGAACUCCAUGUACCAUAAUAAACAUGUGUUCAAGGACAAAGUGGUGCUGGAUGUUGGGAGUGGCACAGGGAUCCUCUCCAUGUUUGCUGCCAAAGCAGGGGCCAAGAAGGUGUUUGGGAUCGAAUGUUCCAGCAUUUCUGACUACUCAGAGAAGAUCAUUAAGGCCAACCACCUGGACAAUGUCAUCACCAUAUUUAAGGGGAAAGUGGAGGAGGUGGAGCUGCCCGUGGACAAAGUGGACAUUAUCAUCAGUGAGUGGAUGGGCUACUGCCUGUUCUAUGAAUCCAUGCUCAACACCGUGAUCUUUGCCAGGGACAAGUGGUUGAAACCUGGAGGGCUUAUGUUUCCAGACCGGGCAGCUUUGUACGUGGUAGCAAUUGAAGACAGACAGUACAAGGACUUCAAAAUCCACUGGUGGGAGAACGUCUAUGGCUUUGACAUGACCUGUAUCCGGGAUGUUGCCAUGAAGGAGCCCCUGGUGGACAUCGUGGACCCAAAGCAAGUGGUGACCAAUGCCUGUUUAAUAAAGGAAGUGGACAUUUACACUGUGAAGACGGAAGAGCUGUCCUUCACAUCUGCCUUCUGCCUGCAGAUACAGCGAAACGACUACGUUCACGCCCUCGUCACCUAUUUUAAUAUUGAAUUUACCAAGUGCCACAAGAAAAUGGGUUUUUCUACAGCCCCUGAUGCCCCCUACACCCACUGGAAACAGACUGUCUUCUACUUGGAAGAUUACCUCACUGUCCGGAGGGGGGAGGAAAUCUAUGGGACCAUAUCCAUGAAGCCAAAUGCCAAAAAUGUGCGAGACCUCGAUUUCACAGUAGACUUGGAUUUUAAGGGACAGCUGUGUGAAACAUCUGUAUCUAAUGACUACAAAAUGCGCUAGCACACGUGGGAAGUUGCAGAGAGCGAGCGAGAAGAGGCACUCACUUGAGCCUGCCACGCUGCCCCAAGGAAUACUGUUAGGAGGACCACACUCGACAACCAGAGCUUUCCACUCUGCCUCGAAGAUGGGUGAACUUGCCCGGGACUCUCCUGAGCCCCACCAUGACAAAGAGCCUCCAAAUCCUCCGCUCUGCCCCGGAGCCCUUCUCAAAGGCUAUGUUGUUGCCUGCCGUGCUGGGGCUGGGCUCUACGGCUGGAAGCAUACCCAUGUGCCCCCGUUGUCCUCCUAAACUGACUUUCCGGAUCUUCCAAGUUUUGCAUGCUGCAGACAUCUAGGACAGGUUACUACUGCUAGAACCUGGAGGCAUAGUGUCUUUGAUAGCAUAAGCCAGAUUUUCUGUCUGUGCGGUGGUGUGUGUGUGUGUGUGAGUGUGUGUGUGUGCGUGUGUGUUCGUACAGCAUAUACAUAUAUAUAUUAAUUUACUUGCCCACAAACAUCUGUAUAUUCAUACAUAUACAGUUUCGUGGGCAUACUUGGGUGUUCAUUCCGAAGGGUGUGCGUGGGAGUGUGCGCGCGCGUGUGUAUGUGUGAGCCUGAGUGUGUGCGCCUAGAAUCUAUAUUACUCUCAGAGGAGGUCCUGUUGCUUUUGAAUAGGAGUUUGUUUUGUGAUUAGUUUUCCCCAUCCUGAUCCCUUAACAGAUGUUCCGCAGCUAUGAAAACACUCUCUGUACUAGCUCUGGUCUCGUUUUGACUAGACUGUGGCUCUGAAUCCUGAGCACAGUACCACGGGCUCUGUGGGCGCUCAAUAAACACACGUGAGAGAAGCUA